AUUCAAACACAAUCAACAACAAUCAACAACAAUCCUCAUUCCAACAAUGCUUUUCAGCAAGUUCCUCCAAGUCGUAGCUCUCGCAGCUGCCGUCAACGCCUUCACCAUUCCCGAGGGCACCGAAGAUGGCGUCUACGCCGUCAAGACCGACGCCAACGGCAUCGACCAACACACCAAGCUGGCCGACGCCACGCCCAUCGAAGAGCUUGAAGUCACCAAGCCCAACCGCUUCAAUGGCCUGGUGCGUCGCGACAGAAAGAUCACUUGCGGUGGCACCAAAAACCUCAACCACGCCGACACCGACGCGGCCAACGCAGACCUUGACCGUCAGUGCGGUGGUGCUGCCGGAAACUUCGUUGCAUCCGGACACAACUUCUACGCCAUCAGGGGCAACACUGUGGCUUUCUACUGCAACUUCGGAGGCGACAACCGGUGCGAUUCGGUGACUCGUGCUCAGUAUAGCUCGGCGAUCACGUCGCUGUGCGGAGCCUACAACUCGGGUUGGGGUACUUCUAGUGGAAAACUUUCCUAUGGCUAUGACGUUAACUCGUCCAAGUUCUGUGGGUCGGGUGCUUAAAUGGGCCUCUUGUGUCUAUGGAGAUUAAGUGUUGUUGCAACUCGAGGCUUUACGUUGCCUGUUUGAUAGUACAAAUACCAACACUGCU